CCUUCCUCAAACAACUCUAAUAUAGAAAUUGAUCUCCCUUUAUCUCUUUCUAGCAACUCUGACAUUACUUCCCAAACACAAUCCAGUGAUCUUAAUAAUAAUCAACACCAAGAUAAUAACUUAAAAGAGUAA